AUGUUCGACAUGAUGAGAAAGGCAUUCAUCACCCAGGAGGAAGUAAACGCUAAGACCGGCUCCAUCUACAAGUCCUUCUUCCACAUCGAGUCCAGAGUGGAGGCCACUGAGCCAGAAGAGAUCGGAGUGGAGCACCUCCUCCGCGAGAUCAAGGAAAUCCCUCUGAACUCACUCGAGAGCAGCAUCGUCCAGAAAGUGCAAGCCUUGCGUGGUCUCAGCGGCAAGAUCGAAGAGAUAGUGGCUUAUCUGCGUGACGUGAAAGAGGGCAAGUUGCCAGCCAACAACAAGAUCAUGUUCCUCCUGCAGGAGAUCAUCAACCUGUUGCCCAAUCUCAACAGCGAGGAGCUGAUCAAGAGCUUCGCUGCCAAGAACAACGACAUGAUGUUCGCCGUCUACGUCUGCGCGAUGGUUCGGUGCGUGCUCGCCCUCCACACUCUCAUCUUCGUCGGCAAGAACAACGAGGAGAAGUCGAAGGAACUGGAGCAGCAGCGCGAGCAGGAGAAGAAAGAGAAGGAGGACAAAAAAUCCAAUCUGGACAAUUCCCGAUACGCCCGCUCCAUCCUCUCCAACAGUACGCGCAGAGAUGUCCUCUGGAACGUUUCCGAACCCGGCGACCCUUACGACAUCAAAAAGUUCCGAGAGAUCGAAAGGAAUAACCUCGACAGGCACUCCUACGAAGUGCAGAUCAAGGAACUCACAGAAAAAGUGAACGGAUAG